AUGAGCGCCGUCGACGACGUCGAAGCUCGCAUCCGUCGCCUCGACGAGCUGCGCGUGGAAAAGUCCACGCAAUUGCGUCAGCUGCAGCAGGAGCUCCGCUACAACAGCGUCGCAGGCGUCGACGAGCGUCUUGAGUCGGGUCAGAGCGUCGCCCAGCUCGACGUGAGCAUCGAAGGGGGUCGAAAUUUGCUCUUUAAAGCGGGGUUUCUAUCCAGUCCGCAAACCUACGUCCGCGUGACGCUCGUGCUGGUACUCGCACAGUUCGAGAGCGACGAGCAACAUACACUUAUGGAGCAAAAGAGCACCUCCAAGCGCCCCGUCGCUCCCUCGCCGCGAUGGGGCGAAACGCUCUCGUUUCAAACGCUUCCAGCUGCAGUGGGGACGCUCCGCGUGGACGUGAUGCAGGAAGAGCGCAUUGGCGCCGAUGAAGUCGUGGGCGCGUUCCUCUUGCCGCUCUCGAGGCUGCAGGACCAGCGGCCGAUGGACAAGUGGCACGUGCUGCAGCCGACGAGGGACGGGGCCGCGACGACCAGCGAAGUGUUUGUCAGCUGCCGAUUGCAGCGCUCACCGCUCUCGGCGCUCACGGUAGAGCUGGAGUUGCUGCAAAACCAGGCAAACGAGUUGCAGGUGUUCCUUGGCCGACAUCAGAAUCUAGUGACUGGGUUGCCGCAAGAAGGACCGGCUCCUGCCAUGUCGAGUGCCAAUGUGCUGCAAGGAAAAGUGGUGGUUCCUGAAGAGACACCGGAACGUUCCGUGUCGACGAGGUUUUCUGCAGUUGCGUCGUUUCCUCCUGCAAUGAGGAAACGCGAGUUUGGGGAGAAUACAGACGUGACGGGGAGGCUACUGGAGACCUUGCGAGCGAAACGACAACGUGUGAACUCGGAGCAACACGUGGGCUCGUUAUCCGAUCGGAUUGCUAACUGGCUGUUGCCCACAUCAACUCCAACGUCUUCCAUGAAAGCGGACGCACGACCUUGUUCCGGUGUCUUUGCUGGCGAGAAUGCUGGGCUGACGUCGAGUCAGUUUUUCCCGUUCAAGCAUCGUCAGUCUGCUUCCGAGCCACGUCGAGGACGAAGAACUGGACGAUCGCUUUCUGCUGCUGAACCGAAAGCACCGUCAACGUUGCAAGCGAUCGAAAAGUGGCUGUUUACGGAUAAAAGCGGCAACUCUUGA